AUGGUUCUGCCAAUUCCACUGCUUUUCGAGCAGAAUCUGCCACCUUUUCGAGCAGAAUCCGCCGGUCCCUAUGUUGGACAUAUCGCUCUCCACUUCCCCAAGCUAUCGCUCUCCACUUCCCCAAGCUAUCGCUCUCCACUUCCCCAACCUAUCGCUCUCCACUUCCCCAAGCUAUCGCUCUCCACUUCCCCAAGCUAUCGCUCUCCAUUUCCCCAACCUAUCGCUCUCCACUUCCCCAAGCUAUCGCUCUCCACUUCCCCAAGCUAUCGCUCUCCACUUCCCCAAGCUAUCGCUCUCCACUUCCCAAGCUAUCGCUCUCCACUUCCCCAAGCUAUCGCUCUCCACUUCCCCAAGCUAUCGCUCUCCACUUCCCCAAGCUAUCGCUCUCCACUUCCCCAAGCUGUCGCUCUCCACUUCCCCAAGCUAUCGCUCUCCACUUCCCCAAGCUAUCGCUCUCCACUUCCCCAAGCUAUCGCCCUCCACUUUCCCAAGCUAUCGCUCUCCACUUCCCCAAGCUAUCGCUCUCCACUUCCCCAAGCUAUCGCUCUCCACUUCCCCAAGCUAUCGCUCUCCACUUCCCCAAGCUAUCGCUCUCCACUUCCCCAAGCUAUCGAUCUCUACUUCCCCAAGCUAUCGCUCUCCACUUCCCCAAGCUAUCGCUCUCCACUUCCCCAAGCUAUCGAUCUCUACUUCCCCAAGCUAUCGCUCUCCACUUCCCCAAGCUAUGGCUCUCCACUUCCCCAAGCUAUCGCUCUCCACUUCCCCAAGCUAUCGCUCUCCACUUCCCCAAGCUAUCGCUCUCCACUUCCGCAAGCUAUCGCUCUCCACUUCCCCAAGCUAUCGCUCUCCACUUCCCCUUCCCCAAGCUAUCGCUCUCCACUUCCCCAAGCUAUCGCUCUCCACUUGCCCAAGCUAUCGCUCUCCACUUCCCCAAGCUAUCGCUCUCCACUUCACCAAGCUAUCGCUCUUCACUUCCCCAAGCUAUCGCUCUCCACUUCCCCAAGCUUUCGCUCUCCACUUCCCCAAGCUCACACUGACAGCGUACUGUCUAGUUGA